UUGAAAGGCCAGAAGAGCGUCAACCAACAGGCCCUCGAGAAGAAGAGGCACGAAGGUUGCUGUUGGCGGAAGAGAAAGAGGGAUAAUCCCGUGGUUCAGAAGGAGAGGAGCAACGGAGGAGAACGGUCAUUGCCACCACCUCACCUCGAGCCAGUGCUAAAGUCCCCGGGAAGUGGGAUAUCCUCGACCCUGCCACGAUCUACUGUGCGGAAUUGUCCUGUAGUUUAGCUUGGCUUCGUUCUAUCGGUCAUGGUGGGGCUUUCACGGACAACGAUGCGUCGUGCUGGGAUUCGUGCAUGCGGAGCGCACCCGAGAGCACCUGGAUCGGUGAUCCAGAAGUCGUGAACUACGCUAAGAUCACCGACAAACCAGUUCGAUCGGUGCCAGCUACGGCGAACAGGUCAAAAUUUCUUCCUCGCCUUCCUUUUCCACGACGAGAGUUUCUCUCAUCCUUGCGGCCUUGCGACCCGUCCAACCGUCCGUGAGUUCGAAAAGGAGAUAUCGAAAAGGAAAAAAAAAAAAAAGAAAAGGAAAAGGUGGUCCAUUUCGAGGUCGCGGCUCGUUUCGUUCGAUGACGAGUCGAUUGAUCCGCGCGCGAAACAGGAAAUCGGCCGAGCUUCAUAUCGUAUCUUGCUCGUUCGCGGGCGAAAUUCCGCUUCGACGACGGAGUUCCAGCAGGUGAUUUUUCAUCCUGUGCCCCAGGAUCAACCUAAGCUGCGUAAAUACGUUUCUAGGAGGGCGAGAAUUCUAAGUUCGUCGAAGAGGGGAGAGAACGAUGUCCUUCGAAGUUUGACAACGGAGUAGCAGUUCAUCGUUGCAGUCGGUCGCCGGCUAUUAAGAAAGAUGUGGGAUCGAGAAAGAAAAAGCUGGAUCGUCGUCUUCCUAGGGAACGUCCUGUUGAAUACCGUGGUCGCUUCCCCGAUCUACGUCCCACAAUUUAUUCCAGGAAGUAUAGGAAGGAAUAUCAGGCAUUUGCCAUGCGUGUCUAGAAGAACCGGCGAGACUGGGGUUUGCAUGUUUGCGUUCACGUGCGCCAAGGCAAAUGGCACCCACCUAGGAACCUGCAUCGAUCGCUUCUACUUCGGCAGUUGUUGCAAGAUAGACGAGGAGCCUGAAAUAUUCCCUCAAGAUAACAGUAUCGACGAUGGACCACCGGCCAGGCCGUUCGUCACGACUUAUGGAUCCAUCGAGAGCAACGACAUACCCGAGUACUUUUCAAGGCCGAAACCGAUCAACGAGAAGAAACCACCUGGAACCACGUACUCGACCGAGGAGACAAUUACCACGCACGCUGCACAAAGUGUUGGCACGCAAUCAACCACUGUAAAAGAAACGACAAAACUCGUAACUAAGAAGCCAGUAAUGACGAGCAUCGAAACGACCACGAAACCGGUUCGGUUGUCGACCUUUCAAACCGUGCUAAACUCAUCGAAGGGAGAUUCGAGCACAAAAAGUCCGCCGAGGAUCACGAGCAGUACAGUACCAACGGCGCAAAAACCGUCGAGCACGAUCAUGGAAAUAGCGACCACCACCACGAGCAAAUCAUCAUUGACCUCGUCGAUAACGCAAAGUCCAACGACCAUGGAGGUCGUGACGAGGGCGCCUGCAUCCACCCUCGUGCAAACGUUCGCUCAAACGACCAAACCCGUUACUAAAAAGCCAAUUGAUUCGUCCACCGUUCAUAAACCAAUCCACUCGACUACCGUUCAUAGGCCGGCGUUGAACGCAACCACGUCCAAACCCUUCUUAUCGUCCACGACCGAGUCGACAACGUCGAAAAUCGUAGCUACCACUACUCAGAGAAUAGUUCCAUCCACGAGGUUCCCACCACGAAAUUCGACGACAGCGAGACCCAUUACUCACGCGACAACUAGAAAACCUAUUACCAGUACCAAGAAACCAGUGAUUAGCAGCAGUACGAAGAGGCCGACGAUCGUCAGCACGAAGAAACCGAGCACGCAUACGAAGAGGCCCUCUUCCACCUCGCCGAAACCGUUCGUAAAUUCCACGACGAUCAAACCUCUUCUGACGUCCGUCAAGCAUCGACCAACCUUGGCCACGACCACCGUCUCUUUCUCGUCGACAGAGGCAACUCCUCCAACAUCUAGCAGCACCGAGACCGUGACCGUUCAAAAGUUCACCACCAUCGCGACAACGAGGCCCGCGCAAAAAGUCAAACCCACCAAACCGACCACCACUUCGAAGCCGUCGACGACGAUCGCGAGGCCGAAACCCCCAACCAAGAUCCCCGCGUCUACUUCGAAUCCGGUAUCCAAACCGGUGACGACGACCACCACCGAGAAAACGGGACCCCCGUCGUCGUCCGUCUUCGCCACGUCUUCUGCCAUUACGAAACCCAGGCCAACGGUAGAGUCGAAACCCACGAAACCGUUCGGCAAGCCCACAACCACUUCCUCGACCACCACAUCUUCCCCGACUCUUAGUUCCAUAGUAACGGAUACCAGUUUCACGUCUUCGUUUUCCACCGAUACGGAUGCAACGUCGUCGUACGUGCCCUCGACGAAGCCACCUGUCGUCAAUCAAACGUUGGAGGAAACGUUUCACACCACCUAUCCCCCUGGUCUCGUCACGUGGACCUCGAGCUCGGAUGACACGACUACAAAGAUUCCAGACGUAUUUUCGGCAACCACGCCGCAACUGGAUCAAACCGAAAGCGAUUGGACGCCGAUAACUACUCCAGACGGUUGGAUUAUGAUUCAAUCGCCCACCACGAAAAAACCGCAGACGGUAGAAGAAACGACCGAUAAGCCCAUUCUCGAAUCCACGAUGCAAUCCGCCACGACUUCUGUUAAAUCACCGACAGAAGCAGAUACGGAACAGGUGACAAAAACACCUACUAUCUUAACAACCUUAUCUACAAUUGCAAGCGUGACGAUAGAUACCGAACUUCCGGUACCGAUGGAAACCCUCAACAUGUCGGAUUAUAAGCAAGUGUGCGGAAGAAGAAUGUUCCCGGAAUCGAGAAUUGUCGGUGGUAUUCGUAGCUCGUUCGGGAAAUGGCCCUGGCAAAUCUCGUUACGACAAUGGAGAACGUCGACGUAUCUGCACAAAUGCGGUGCAGCUUUGCUCAACGAAAAUUGGGCCAUAACCGCAGCCCAUUGCGUCGAAAACGUGCCACCUAGCGAUUUAUUGUUAAGGAUCGGCGAACACGAUCUUGCAAACGAAGACGAGCCUUACGGGUAUCAAGAAAGAAGAGUUCAAAUCGUGGCAAGCCACCCGCAAUUCGAUCCUCGCACCUUCGAAUACGAUCUUGCGUUGCUGAGAUUCUACGAGCCUCUAUUGCCAUUUCAACCAAACGUUCUACCCAUUUGUUUGCCCGAUGAUGACGAAACUUACGUUGGUCGUACCGCUUACGUCACUGGCUGGGGUCGACUUUACGACGAGGGCCCAUUGCCGUCUACUCUGCAAGAAGUGGCGGUGCCGGUGAUCAAUAACACGAUGUGCGAAGUUAUGUACAGAAACGCUGGAUACAUCGAGCAUAUUCCCCACAUAUUCAUUUGCGCCGGUUGGAAGAACGGAGGAUUUGAUUCGUGCGAGGGUGACAGUGGAGGACCGAUGGUAAUUCGAAGAGCACGCGAUAAACGAUGGAUCCUUGCCGGAGUUAUCAGCUGGGGAAUUGGAUGCGCCGUGCCCAACCAACCGGGAGUUUAUACGCGUAUCUCCGAGUUUCGAGAGUGGAUAAAUCAAAUUCUUCAAUUCUGAGUUGAAGUUCUGUACGUCCUUUUGAAAUUGAUGCUCGGCGGUGAAAACUGCGCGGCGAGGGGACACGAAAUUUUUAGAAUUCGAUUAAUUUCGAAAGAGAAAUAUAGGUUGAAUAUAGUGAGAAAAGUUUACGCAUGUACAUAAUAUAUUUUAUACAAAUAUUGCAUGCAAAUUUUAGUUUUUCUCAAGGAAAACUUUGCAUGCCAAGUUAAUAAUUAAGAGGAGGAAAGGAUACGAGGCGUUAUACGUACUCGCCUGUAAUAUAUUUUCCAUGAAAUUUUAUCAAACACGAAAUCAAAUGGCAAGACAAACGUUUUGUAUUAAGCGAUAUAUCCUAUUGCUAAUCAGGUGUAAUGGACUUUGGAGUCGAUCGUAUCAAUGGUUCACUGCGUGUAUACGUGCUACGUAAUUUCAAAUGCGAGACUAUGCACGUCAAAGUGAACAAGUAAUGCCAUCUUUCGUUACAAAAUGGAAUCUCGAACGAACAUUGGGUCGACAAAAUAGCGUUCUACGAUAUCAACAAAUAUUAUAUAAUUACGUGUUAUCGAUAAAAUUAUAUCAAUACUUUUGGAUUAUUUUAUUUUUCAUUCUCGUUAUUAUAUCGUUAUCGUUUAUAAUAAUACAAAUCACCAGGAUGAAUCUCAUUCUGAUCGACUGAUGAUAAAGAAAGAAAUUUUUGCAAUAUUCUCAUUUACGAUUGAGAAUUUUUGCAAAAUUAGAUGCAAUUAAAUAUCAUUUUAAUUAUAUUCCUUGUAAGAUAUUCAUUAACAGAUUCAUCAACGAUGAUAAAACGAAUACGAAUUUUAAGGGAUAGACGAAGGAAAUACAUUUAACAGAUUUUUUUUAUCAUUUUUACGUCUUCCAAAUACUUCAAGUAUCAAAAGAUACUUAUAAUCCACGAUAUUGUUGUCAUUCUGUAACGUUACAUUAUUAAGCAGUGGUGAAAUGCUUAAUCUGUAACAAUUAGAAUAAUAUUGUAUUGUAUAAAAGCGCAGAGCGUCGGAAAGAUCAUUUAGAUCUGUUAGAAAAAUAUUAAAGUGCAUACAAGAGAUUAAUAGCCAAUAUGUUAUCCUGUAAUCAUUGCUCAUGAUAUGAAACUUGAUCGAAUUACACAAAGAUUAUUAAUCGUUUUA